CACUCUCAUCCUCUCUUUUCUUUUCUUCUGUUGUUUUAGCCUCCUCCUUCUCGGUCUCAGUCUCCCUCUGAGUCUCCCGUGUUGUGUCCGGUUUCCCACUUCUGUUCCUGUGCUUCCAUUUUUAACGCUUAAGCUUCCCAUCUCUCUGUCUCCACAAGCUUCUCCUUUGCCCCCAUUAUUCUUUUCUCCUAGUCUCUGAUUCUCAUCUCCUCUUCCCUCUCACUUUAUUUUCUUCAGUCGGCCUCUGCAACUUGUUACUGCAGUAGUAGUAGUUUCCCCUAGAGAAUUCCAUAUAAUCGUUUUUAGCGUAAAGUUCAUUAUUUCUGUGUGUCCUCUUUCUCAGCUCCUCAGUGAACUCUUCCAUCACUCUGGCCCCUUUCCCACAGUGGAAUCUCCAUUCCACGUUUUCACCCCUCUCAGCAAGUAGAAUCUCCCGGUAGAGGGCUGUGCCAUUUACAAACACUUUUAGGUAAAGUCUCCAAUGAGGAUAUUUUACUGUUCCAAAUUCUUCCUCUUCCACCAAGCUUUCUAAUAGAGGACAUUCACUCAAACGUCUUACCCAGUCCUCCUAUAAAAUCUCUCUGCAAAAUUUUGCAUGUUACUCGUUUGUAUAAUUCUCCUUUAUGUCAUCUUUUCCCCCUCCCCUCUCUGCCGCGGUGGUACAGCCCAGCCUCCGAAUAAACCGAAUUCCUCUGCUUGUACGGAACUGGCCGGCCUCUCGAGAUGGCGGCUCCCACUGAGACACAGCGCUUAGGAGCGGCCAUAUUGCCUCCUGAACAAAGCCGCCCAGGGUGCGGAGUGGGCAAAGCUGCCCGGUACCGAACAGCGCAGGCCCGGGAGACCAGUGCUUUGCUCACCCAGACAGGAAGCGGGAGAGUUCGCCGCUAUGGAUGUGACAGCUGUCCCGGGUUAAGCCGUGACGGGCGUUUCUAGAUCUGAUAACGGAACUGCAGGUCAGAAGGCGGACAUGUGUGGUGAUGAAUCUAUUUUGACAAAGCCUGGAAUACCCCAUAUAAAACAGUCUAUCAUGGGAGCACCCACUUCCAAUGAACCAGUUAAGUCUUACCUACCUGACUCCUUCUGGGACUGAGAAGGAUUUCCCAGGAAUAUAUCUUUUUAGAAGAGAGCAGAAAAUGAUGAAGUCCCAGGGGUUAGUAUCAUUCAAGGAUGUGGCUGUGGAUUUCACCCAGGAGGAGUGGCAGCAACUGGACCCUGCUCAGAAGACCCUGUACAGGGAUGUGAUGCUGGAGAACUACAGCCACCUGGUCUCAGUGGGGCAUCCAGGUUCCAAACCAGAUGUCAUCUCCAAGUUGGAACAAGGAGAAGAUCCAUGGAUCAUAAAGAGAGACAUACCAAAUUGGAUCUAUCCAUAUGAAGAUCAGGCAGAUGGGCGACAAGGGAAGAAAAGUAACCUUGACAACACCCAAUCAUGUAUUUUGGGGUCUGUUUCCUUCCAUAAUAAGAUACUGAAAGGAGUCACAAAGGAUGGUUCAUUUUACUCCAUUUUAAAAGUCUGUCAAGGUGAUGGCCACCUGCAGAGAUGUCAGAAAAACAGACUUUUCAGGCAAGUAACAGUCAUCAACAACCAAACAAUGACUGUGGAGUCAGACCACAAAUAUAAUGCAUUGGGGAAAAUAUUUCAAGAAUGCAUAGUGUCAGAUACUUCAAGACAAAGACCCCAUAACUGUGAUGCAUUUAAAAAUAACUUGAAAUCUAGUAUUGACCUACCUAGUUGUAAUAAGAGCAAUUCAGGAAAAAACCCUGAUGAGAGUUUUGGAUUUGGAAAAUCAUCCAUCCAUGGUGUGUCCAAUCCUGAUCUUGAGAAAAUUCAUAAUCGAGUAAUUCCCUGUGAUGAUAAUGAGUGUGGAAACAUUUUCAGCAAGAAACAAUCCCUUAUUCAGUAUCAGAAUGUUGAAACUAAGGAGAAAACCUGUGUAUGUAUUACAUGUGGAAAAGCCUUUGCUAAGAAGUCGCAGCUCAUUGUACAUCAACGAAUUCAUACUGGGAAGAAACCAUACAAUUGUGGUGCAUGUGGGAAAGCCUUCAGUGAGAAGUUUCACCUCAUUGUACAUCAAAGAAUUCAUACUGGGGAGAAACCUUAUGAAUGUUCUGAAUGUGGAAAAGCCUUCUCUCAAAAAUCAUCCCUCAUUAUACAUCAAAGAGUUCAUACUGGGGAAAAACCAUAUGAAUGUAGUGACUGUGGGAAAGCCUUCUCCCAGAAAUCACCCCUUAUUAUACAUCAGAGAAUUCACACUGGAGAGAAACCUUAUGAAUGUAGAGAGUGUGGUAAGGCCUUCUCCCAGAAGUCACAGCUGAUUAUACAUCAUAGAGCUCAUACUGGAGAGAAGCCCUAUGAGUGUACUGAAUGUGGGAAAGCCUUCUGUGAGAAGUCUCACCUCAUCAUACAUAAAAGGAUUCACACUGGGGAGAAACCCUACAAAUGUGCUCAAUGUGAGGAAGCCUUCAGCAGGAAGACAGAACUCAUUACACACCAGUUAAUUCAUACUGGGGAGAAACCUUAUGAAUGUACUGCAUGUGGGAAGACCUUCUCCCGGAAGUCACAGCUCAUUAUACAUCAGAGAACGCAUACUGGAGAAAAGCCCUAUAAAUGCAGUGAAUGUGGAAAAGCCUUCUGUCAGAAAUCACAUCUCAUUGGACAUCAGAGGAUUCACACAGGAGAAAAACCUUACGUUUGUAAUGAAUGUGGGAAAGCCUUCUCCCAAAAGUCUCACCUCCCAGGGCAUCAGCGGAUUCAUACAGGAGAGAAACCUUAUAUAUGUGCUGAAUGUGGAAAGGCAUUUUCUCAGAAGUCAGACCUUGUUUUACAUCAGAGAAUUCAUACUGGGGAAAGACCUUAUCGGUGUGCUGUAUGUGGGAAAGCCUUCAUCCAGAAAUCACAACUCACUGUACAUCAGAGAAUUCACAGCAGUGGUAAAAUCAUAAUGAACUAAAAACACAGACAAGCUUUCAGUAUUAGCUCAAGCCUUAAUAAACAACAGAAACCUGAUUAACUUGAUAAAUUUGUGGAUAACAUCUUUAUAGAGAAAAUUUUACAAGAGAAUUCGUGUCUGUAGUGUGGUGAUACCUAGCUCAGCAAAGAUGGUGGGAAAUAAUUACAUAAAUGAAGGACAUUUCACCAUGGCAUGUAAAGCUUUUAAAGUCAUGAACUGAAUGGUCAGUAGAACAAAUUAUGUAUAUAGAAUAUUGUCAAAUUACAUAUUCCUUA